AUGGAUCCCUCCGUGAGUAGCUGUAUGCGAAGUCCCCGUCCCACUACCCCACUCUGGGGGUGCCUGCGGAAUGCCCAUUCGGAGCUCAGCACAGCAGCAGGAGCGCAUCAUUACCCACAAGCACCAUUCUCAUUCCAUCAAAAACCAGACUUUGCUGCAUAUUCCGAUUUCUCAGCCUCUUGUUUGGCCACUGCCCCCCACAGCUUCCCCCGAGAGGAACGCAUGUUCGCAGAGCAGCACCCUUCUUUCCAGCAUUCUGACUGGCACUUUGCAGCAUCCGAGGCCAGAAGGCGGCUAAAUCCAGGACUGGCCUUGGGUUCUGGGGAACUAGAAAGCAGCAGCCCAAACCUAGUGGCUGCUGCAGCGGGCAUGAAUGAAGAUUAUGGGGUACCAGGAAACACUACAAAUGAAACUGAGAAAAAGUCAUCCAAAAGGAAAAAGGAAACCUCAGAAAACCAGGAUUCCAGUAGGAAGCCAGAAGCCAGCAGCAAAGCACGGAAGGAGAGGACAGCUUUCACCAAGGAGCAGCUGCGGGAAUUAGAAGCUGAAUUUGCUCACCAUAAUUACUUGACAAGGCUCAGGAGAUAUGAGAUAGCUGUGAAUCUGGACCUCACCGAGAGACAGGUUAAAGUGUGGUUUCAAAACCGAAGGAUGAAGUGGAAACGUGUGAAGGGUGGGCAGCCAGUGUCCCCUCACGAGCAUGACACAGAAGAUAUGGACUCUGCUGCCUCCCCGAGCUCUGAAUAG